UUCCUCAUCUACUUGUCAUUUAUUAUUCUUUCUCCUGAAAACCUCUCUCCCUCCUCCAGUUCCCCCUUCUAUUUUCAAACCACAUUGCAGCCCUUUUAGCACUCUGGAAAACAUAGUGUGGGUAGUAUCUUCUAAUUGAUUCAUCCCUCAGUUUGCUUUGGAGUAGGACUUGCAUUACUAUUUUACAGCAUUCCCUAUUUCCCUAUCCUCUUCGUAUCAUUUGUUGUAGCUAUAUGGGAGGGCAGCAGGGUUCAACUCUUGCAGCAGUGUUCGCCAGUUGUCCCUCUAAAAGUUGCUUCUAUGUGGAUCAGCAAGGCCACAGGAAAUGGAACAAACUUGGAAGAAUUUUAAAUUAAGUCUCCAGCUUUAAGUUAAGCCUUCCAAUAAUUUCUUUCAUGGCUUUCCUCGUAGGUCACCCUCACUUGCAAGUCUCUUAGCAGAUAUUACCAAAAACUGAUAAAUGACAAUGUUUGUUACAAUUGUUUAUCUCAUUUUCUUCUUCGUGAAGCAGUUCAAACACUUAUGCAUCGCUCCACUUUCAGAUUGCACGGUAUGCAAGAAUGGGAUUGAUGAUUUGAGGGUUUUUUUAAAUAAUAUUUAUAUUUAGUCCUGCAUACAACAGUCUCAGACUAGUAUUUAAGUACUGGCAUAACAGAGGUUAAAAUAGGGUCAGUUGUCUUAUUUAUGUCUUCUCAGUUGCUUCUGCAGGCUGUAUUCAGCUCUUCCCUAUUCAGUUUCCUUGCAUUUUGGUAACAUUUUUGGGACCUUUCAGUAACACACCUUGCCUGCAUCAAUUCAGCAAGGGUUUCGUUAACAGGAAUUUUAUAGACAAUUCUAUUAAUGCCUAAAGGAUGAAAAUCAGGGUUUUUUCCUCAAUUCUCUCUUGGCUUUGCUGGUUUUCUUUUCCUUUCUAAAUUUACUAAGUCCAAGAAUAAUUGAGCAAUUAACAUUGUUGCUCUACUACAGUCAUAGUUUUAAAAUACCACUUAAGUGUGCUGUAGGUCAGCUUCAUUGUCUUGCAGUAAGACACAUCAUAUCUAAAAUGGCUCGAGAACAUUACUCUGUAUUUUUAUUUCUACAAGUAAAUAUCUGUCUGUUCUUCUUAAGCAUCCCUUUCUUGUCUUUCAUAGAACCUUACACCAUUAAUGUCUUCCCUUUCUCCUGGUCAAAAUAAGCUUUACAAGGAACCAGCAGACAGCUCAGAACACAUAUAAAGGAAAAGGAAGUGGUCACUGGUACUUCCCUAAAAUAUCCCUUAGCCAACAGAGUCAAUGUCCUGUCUAUUCUAUUUGUAAUGUUCAGAGAGUGAAGCGGGGUUAUUUCAGAAAGACAGGCAUUGCUUUCUUAACUUAAAUGUACUUCACCAGUUAUGCCAGAAGAAAUCACUCAUUUUAAAGGAAACAGGAACUAAAAGUGCUGAUUUGCCUUUCUGAAGCAGGAAGUCAACCAGGAAACACACCUGGGGACAGCAUGGCUGUGUGAAUAGAGAGCUCUACUUUGGAGACUAGGAAGAACCAGAUGGAAAUCAAAGGGGUGAUACAGAUGGGAGAACAUAACUCUAUAGAGCUCCCUAUCUGAACAGCAGGCUGAUGUAACUUAGCCACCAUGAGAGUGAUGAAGGUGUACAAUGGGCACACUAGUAACAAAUUUGUGUAGGCCAAUGCCUUUGUACCCUGACAGCUCUGUACUGUCACCUGACUCAGGGACACUUGAGUAAAGAUUUAGAGAAGAAUUUGGCGAGGAGGAUCACAGAAUCAUGAGGUUGGAAAAGACCUUCAAGGUUGAGUCCAACACCUCAACUAGACCAUGGCAACAAGUGCCACAUCCAGUCUUUUUUAAACACAUCCAGGGAUUCUGACUCCACCACCUCCUCUGGCAGACCAUUCCAGUACUUUAUCAUUUUUUCUGUAAAAAACCUUUUUCCUAAUAUCCAACUUCUAUUUUCCUUGGUGCAGCUUAAGACUGUGUUCUCUCAUUCUGUCAGUUGCUGCCUGGAGAAAGACACCUGGCUACAGCCACCUUUCAAUUGUAGAGAGUGAUAAGGUCACCUCGGAGUCUCCUUUUCUCCAGGCUAAACACCCCCGGCUCCCUCAGUCGUUCCUCAUAAGGUUUGUGUUCCAAGCCCCUCACCAGCCUCAUUGCCUCCUCUGGACGCGCUCAAGUGUCUCAACAUCCUUCCUAAACUGAGGGGCCAGACCUGGACACAGCAUUCGAGGUGUGGCCUCACCUGUGCCGUGUACAAGGGAAGAAUGACCUCCCUGCUCCUGCUGGCCACACCAUUCCUGAUCCAGGCCAGGAUGCCCUUGGCCUUCUCAGCCUCCAGGGCACACUGCUGGCUCAUGUUCAGCUGCUGUCACCAGUAGCCCCAGGUCCCUUUGUGCCUGGGCACUGUCCAGCCACACCAUCCCCAGCCUAUAACACUGCAGGGCGUUAUUGUGGCCAAAAUGCAGGACUCAGCACUUGGACUUACUAAACUUCAUCCUAUUGGACUCUGCCCAUCCAUCCAACUGUUCCAGGUGUCUCUGCAGAGCCCUCCCACCUUGUAACAGAUCGACACAGCCUAGUGUCAUCUGCAAAUUUACUGAUGAAAGACUCAACCCCCUCAUCCAUGUCAUCAAUAAAAACAUUGUCCUCCACACACUGUAAGAACUUCCUGGACUGCCUAUUUUCUGUUGUAUUAAGUUCUCAGCAGAUGUCUGGUAGGUUGAAGUCACCUACAAAAACAAGGGCUAGUGAUCCUGAAACAUUCUCCAGCUGUUUAUAGAAUAAGUUGUCCACCUCUUCUUCCUGGUUGGGUGGAUGAUAACAGACUCCCAGUAGGAUGUCAGCCUUGUUGGCUUUCCCCUUAAUUCUUACCCACAGGCAUUCAACUUCAUUGUCAUUAGUUUCAAUACCCAUUGCCUCCCUAAUAUAAAGGGACACCCUUCCACCUCUUCACCCUUUCCUGUCUCUUUUGAAGAGCUUGUAGCCAUCCAGUGCAGCGCUCCAGCUAUAUGAGUCGUCCCAUCAUGUUUCUGUGAUGGGGACUACAUCAUAGCUUUGCUGCUGCACCAUGACCUCCAGCUCCUCUUGUUUGUUACCCAUGCUGCAUGCAUUAGUGUACAUGCACCUGAGCUGGGCUACUGAUUUCACCCCUAACUCAGGCUUACCACCCUUGGGCCUGCUUCCACACAGCCCAGCUGCAUCCUCUUCCCCCUUCAACCUAAUUUAAAGCCCUCUCAAUGAGUUCUGCCAGUUCACGAGCUGAAAUCUUUCUGCCGUUAACAGAGAGAUGGAGCCCAUCCAGUUCCAGCAGGCCAAGUGCUGAAAAAGUUGCCCCAUGAUCAAAGAACCCAAAUUUCUGCUGAUGACACCAACCCUUGAGCCACUUGUUGAAAGUUAUUCCCUUCAUCAUUUUUCUCUGUCACCAGAAGGAUUGAGCAAAACACCACCUGUGCUCCUGCCCUAUCAGCCACUUGAGCCAGUGCCCUGAAGUCCCUUUUAAUUGCCCUGAUGCUCUUCUUUUCAGUCUCAUCACUGCCAGCCCGGAGUAUCAGCAGUGGGUAGUAAUCAGAGAGCCGAAUCAGCCCAGGGAGUCUCUUGGUAACAUCCUGUACCCUGGCCUCAGGGAGGCAGCAGAACUCCCUGUGGGAUGGGUCUGGUCGGCAUAUGGGGCCCUCUGCUCCCCUCAGAAGGGAGUCAUCCACUAUGCCUACUCUUCAUUUCUUUUUCAUGUUAGAGGUGGUGAUCUGUCUGACUGAUGAGGCAUAACUGGGAGGCUCACUGGAUGGAUCAUUUCCUUCUACGUUAUCUGGCUGACCCUCCAGAUUCAGCGCCUCAUACCUGUUCUGAAGUGGCACUUGGCUGCAGAAUGGCUCAACUCCUGGACAAUAGCAGUUCACAGGAACAGGCUGCUGUAUAUUACCCAUCACAAUCAAUUGUCUCCAUUGCUAUCUUCACCAUCGUUUUCAUCAUAGGUAUCCCAGGCAAUGGGUUGGUGAUCUGGGUAGCUGGUGUGAAAAUGAAAAGGUCUGUGAACACUGUCUGGUUCCUGAACCUUGCUGUGGCUGAUGUCAUGUGCUGCUUGUCCUUACCAUUUUCCAUCGUUCACCUGGCACUCCAUGAGCACUGGCCCUAUGGCUGGUUCCUCUGUAAAGUCAUUCCAUCAGUCAUAAUCUUCACCAUGUUUGCUAGUGUCUUCCUGCUUGUGGCCAUCAGCAUUGAUCGGUGCCUCCUGGUGAUGAAACCUGUCUGGUGUCAGAACCAUCGAACAGUGAAAUUUGUAUCGCUAAUAUGCAGUGGCAUUUGGAUGCUGGCCUUCAUUUUCUGCUGCCCUGUCUUCUACUACCGUGAGACAAGCACUUAUGAUGGCAAAACAGAGUGCAGCUACAGUUCUGAAGUUGAUGAUUACAGAGAUGAUCCUGUAAAUGUGUCUGUAAAUGAGCUAUGGGAAGAAUAUCCAACCUACAGUGGUAGUGACUUGUGGGGAGAUACCAGUGUAGGUAAUUAUUCUGUAUCCCUUGCCUCGGUGGUAAUAAACAUCACUAGGGCUGUCUUUGGCUUUGUGCUCCCCUUUGGCAUAAUGGCAGUUUGCUACGCCCUCAUUGUUUUCAGAACACAUGCAAAUCAGUUUCACAAGCCAUACAACAGGACACUGCGAACAGUUGUGUUUGUGGUAGCUGCAUUCUUCAUCUGCUGGGCUCCAUACCAUGUCGUUGGGAUUCUCCACAUUGUACCUAGUCUGGGAACGGGACUGAGUGAGUCACUGAUCCUGUGGGAUCACCUCUCUAUAGCACUUGCAUAUGCCAACAGCUGCAUCAACCCCCUGCUUUAUGUUUUUGUGGGACGGGACUUCAGGGCAAAGGUACGGCAAUCAGUGCAAAGAAUCUUGGAAGGUGCCUUUAGUGAGGAACUCACAUCUUCAACCCUGCACAGAAGCCAGACUUCAGCAGAGAAGAACCUUAGCAGCACCUUGUAAUGCAGGACUUCCUAUCACCGCUGUAGAAAGAGCAAGCUAUAGCUGCACAUCAGUCACUCUCUGCUUAGCAGGUGGUUUUGCUCCAAUGUUUGAUUAACCUGCAGCUCCAGCCCAGGACACUGCAAUCAUUCAGCUCAUGACAGAUAACCUCCUUCAUAUCCUACACUAGAGAGAUGGGAAGUUGGAAGCACCAAGAGUAAUAAUCUGAGGGAGGACUGGUGAAGCAGAAGACACAGUAUUUUAACCUACAUAGACUAUUUUCAGAAAGCAGGGCUGGCUACAGAUUUGUGGUGGGAAUCAUGUAGUUGAACCUCUCAAUUGAGAUAAGAAUGUUAUUUUAUUUGCAUAUGUCUGUAUUCUACAUCUCCUGUCUCUGAUAAAGUGCAGAUAAAACUAACUUGAAUAUUGCUCCUUGGAAGGUAAUCACAUCUUUCCUCUGAGUCUACUAGGGCUCUGAGGUACGUGUAAGAAUAUCUAAAGAUUUCCCUACAAGGUACUGCUACAUUUCCUUACAGCCAUGCACUUGCCCCAGUCAGCUGCAUCAAACUGACUUCUGUGCCCUGGUAGACGCCCAAUCUGUUUCUUUGUCCUGGCAAAUCAGUGUAUGGUAGUAACUGGUCAGUGCACAUGCUGUACCUAUGUUCAUCAGCGUGUGCACACUCACUGUCUCCCCAACGCUCCCUCCACCACCAGAGUCCAAAAUCUUCCUUUUAGGAAGCAGUUUGAGACUAGCCAAAUGUACCUACUGCAUUUUGAGAUGGCACAUGAGCAGAAUUUGAGCAGCUGCAGUCACUGAUGACCCAGACUGGGUGACUGCUGGACCAUCAGCCAUUUGGUAAAACCCUGGAACUGAGGAGUGAUAACCUCCAGUCUGACCCCAGGAAGGUGGGGAAUGACCAUCUUCUGGCUCAGUCACAUCAGGCUGUCUUUACAUGAGAGAUGUGCUCUCUUUUACUGAGAGAUGUGCUUCUUGUGUCCUUCCAGUGGAGAAAAAGCUUCAUCCAGUCAGGCUAUUUGGGGUGUUCCCAAGGUUAAAUGUUUCCUGCUCCUGAAAAGCAGAACUAUAUUUACUAAGUCCUCUAUGGAAGCAGUUUAAAAUCUUUUUGUGUUAGCUCUUCCUUAAAAGAGAAAGGCCAGCAAACAGUAUGACAAAUAGACACUAAGCAUUUGGUAGAGUUUUCACUCUGCCUGUCUUAGGUUGAAAUAUGUAACCAAAAGUGUGUAUUCUAUUUGCCAUCUGUUGAAACUGGCUGGGAGGUGUUUUUAUCUCUUGUAUAACCCAUUCCUCAUAACUCCACGGAGGAGGGGGUGGGUGCCUUCUGCUAAGGGGCCAGCUGUUAAAACCAGGGGGAGCAAUGUUAUCUCUUCCACGACCCAUCCUCCCUCCAGGGGGAUAUCUGCUGUUAAUGAGCCAUUAAGGCUCACUGCAUGACUGAUAAAAUUACAUUGUCCCAUUGUGAGAUGCUCCACCCAGCGAGAGGAGCCAAGCAUUUCUACCUGGAUAAAACCUGAGAAUCAGAAACAACAAGACAGCCUGUUUCCACUGGAUUCUCAGACAAAGACCAGACCCAUCUCACCACCACUGGACCCUUUCUACAGGAUCAUCUCUACUCCAACAGAACCACAUCUGUCACUCCAGGAGGACUUAUUUGGACUGCUCCCAACACCCUGAUCAACAGGGUGUCAGGUCAUAUUCUGACUCGGUCAGCAUUUCUAGGAUCUUUUUUGUUUGCUUGGGUUUUUUUGUACUAUUAUAUUUGUAUUUUUAAUAUUCCUAGUAAAGAACUGUUAUACCU